AUGCCUUUGUCUGGCGGCUGCUGGCCUGAACAUCCAUGGUGCUGGGGAGCGGCUGCUCUCUGCGGCAUCUGGAGAUGCUCCGACCAGGACGGGAGAGAGCCCGGCCAUGACGGCAGCGGAGGAGUCUGGCUGGACAGGCGGUGGAAGGCGGUGAUGGAUGCUGGCGUAUCAGAUGUCACUGGCCAGGCACCCGCUGCCUGUGAUUGGCGCUGGUGUGUUUACGUCCCUGUGCAGAGUCAGGUGAUCAUAACAGAGCAGUCGCACCAUGCCACAAAGGGAGGCAUCGGCGAUGACAGACAGACCCCAACUCUGCUGCUAACAAAUAAAUGCACACUUGCGGACCAUCGAGGGCAGGUUUCGCUCUCGAGGCUAGCAGACCGCUACAAACUACCUGUGCAUACACGUAAUGACCUCAGUGGUUGA